GAUCAUUUUUAGUUCCCGAGGAAUGUAAUCAGCCUCACAGAUGGUAGGCCACCUCUGAGAUGGAGCUGCUGGUUUAAAACAAACACCAGGCUUCCUAUAUAAGGACCAGACAGCCACUGGGCACCACCUCCAUCAGGAAUCCCAGGCCCAUCUGUCCCCAACCCAGCUGAGGCCAUGCUCUCCCCAGGGACCAUCUGCAGCCUGCUUCUCCUCAGUGUGCUCUGGGUGGAUUUGGCCAUGGGAGGCUCCAGCUUCCUGAGCCCUGAACACCAGAAAGUCCAGCAGAGAAAGGAGUCCAAGAAGCCAACGGCCAAACUACAGCCCCGAGCUCUAGAAGGCUGGCUCCAUCCAGAAGACAGAAGUCAGGUGGAAGGGGCAGAGGACAAACUGGAAAUUCGGUUCAACGCCCCCUUUGACAUUGGAAUCAAGCUGUCGGAGGCUCAGUACCAGCAGCACAGCCAGGCCCUAGGGAAGUUUCUUCAGGACAUCCUGUGGGAAGAGGCCAAAGAGGCCCCAGCUGACAAGUGAUCACCCACAAGACUGGCCCACCUCUUCAAUUUUCUCCCAAACUUAGAAACUCUCAUCUGGCUUUUAGAUUGCUUCUGCAACAACCCCCAGUACUGUUGUACUAGUGUAAGAGGUGAAUAAAUGUUUAAAUUGUA